AAAACCAAAAAAAUAGAAAAAAAGAAAAAAAAGAAAAAAAGGAAGAAAAAUCGAAUAACAAACGGGCAUCAGAAAUUCACCAUCUCGACCAGACGUCGAGGAGACCCAAAAUCUCUCUCUCACACUCCUUUGCAGGCUGUAAAUCCCCAAUUCUUUUUCCCACCAAUAUUGAAAACCCUUCUCUCUGUGUGUGUAUUUGUGUCUCUGAGCAAGCGAGAGAGAAUCAAGCUUUCAAGCCCACGUAUUAUCUGUUUUAUAUUGGAUUAAUUCGAGAGAGAGAGAGAGAGAGAGCGAUCUAAGCGGUGAAGGAGGAGGUGCUUACAAAUGGGCACGCUUCAGACUUGGAGGAAAGCUUAUGGUGCUCUCAAGGACUCCACCAAAGUCGGUCUCGCACACGUCAACAGCGAUUAUGCGGAUUUAGAUGUUGCCAUAGUCAAAGCUACUAACCACGUCGAGUGCCCCCCCAAAGAAAGACAUCUAAGAAAAAUCCUGAUUGCCACAUCGGCAAUUCGUCCCAGAGCAGAUGUUGCUUAUUGCAUUCAUGCGCUUUCCAGAAGAUUAGCCAAGACUCAUAAUUGGACGGUUGCUUUGAAAACACUAAUAGUUAUCCAUAGGACAUUGAGGGAGGGUGAUCCUACUUUCAGAGAAGAACUCCUAAAUUACUCACAGAGAGCACGCAUUCUUCAACUUUCCAAUUUCAAAGAUGAUUCAAGUCCUAUUGCUUGGGAUUGCUCUGGGUGGGUGCGUACUUAUGCAUUGUUUUUGGAGGAACGACUCGAAUGUUUUAGGGUCCUGAAGUAUGACAUUGAAGCUGAACGUUUACCAAGGCCUGCCCAAGGGCAGGAUAAGGGUUACAGUAGAACCAGGGAAUUGGACAGUGAAGAACUGUUGGAGCAGUUGCCUGCGCUGCAGCAGCUGCUCUAUCGUCUUAUUGGUUGUCGGCCUGAGGGAGCAGCUGUUGGCAAUUAUGUUAUACAGUAUGCCCUGGCUCUGGUACUGAAAGAGAGCUUUAAAAUUUAUUGUGCUAUCAAUGAUGGAAUAAUCAAUCUUGUUGAUAAGUUUUUUGAGAUGCCAAGACAUGAAGCUGUCAAAGCCCUUGAUGUCUACAAACGAGCUGGCCAGCAGGCAGCAAGCCUCUCAGAUUUCUAUGAAAUUUGCAAAGGAUUGGAACUUGCCAGAAACUUCCAGUUUCCUAUUUUAAGAGAGCCCCCACAAUCAUUUCUUAAUACAAUGGAAGAGUAUAUAAGAGAGGCACCACGUGUUGUUUCCGUUCCAAGUGAGCCACUGCUUCAGUUGACAUACAAACCAGAAGAAGAGAUUAGUGAAGAAACAAAGUUACCCAGUGAUGAACCUGAGCAACUACCACCAGAUGUUGUGUCUAAUGUUGAAACUGAAACACCUCCUCCUCCUCCACCUCCCCCUCAAAGCAUCCUGGACACUGGAGAUUUACUGGGAUUAAAUCAUGUUACUGCUGAUGUAUCUGCAAUUGAGGAAAGAAAUGCUUUGGCUUUAGCCAUAGUACCAACUGAACCUGGUGUUGCUCCAACAUUUAAUUCUAGUGCUUUUGAAGCAAAAGAUUUUGAUCCUACUGGAUGGGAGCUAGCUCUAGUCUCCACUCCAAGUACCAAUAUUUCAGCACCAACUGAUAGGCAAUUGGCUGGUGGUUUGGACUCGCUUACUCUAACCAGCCUGUAUGAUGAAGGAGCAUAUAGAGCUUCCCAGCAGCCUGUUUAUGGAGCACCAGCCCCGAAUCCAUUUGAGGUACACGAUCCGUUUGCUUUAUCAAACACCAUUGCUUCUCCACCUGGAGUUCAAAUGGCAGCAAUGGCUCAGCAACAGUCCAAUCCCUUUGGUCCUUACCAACCUACUUACCAGCCAUUGCCUCAGCCGCAGCAGCAUUUGAUAAUGGGGCCAACAAAUCCUUUUGGUGAUGCUGGAUUUGCAGCUUUUCCCGCACCAAAUCAUGUGCCUCAACCACAUCCCAACAACCCGUUUGGAAGCACCGGUAUGCUGUAAUGACAAAAUGUUUGAGAAGUGUAAUGUAGGCGCGGUGAAAUUGGUUUUGGUGUAUUUGGAAGUGCUGAGUAUAGAAGGGUGGGUUUUGGUAUUUUGGUCUACGUGAUCAUGGUUUUUGGGCAAUAACAAUGCUUGGUGUAAAAGUCAGCAAUGAAUAGUUAAUAGUUAAAUACGAUUCAUAAUCCUUGCAUA